AUGGCCCCUCAUGACGUCGAACCACCGCAAGAGAAUUGGCUGACACCCUCCCUCACACAGAACCUGUCCUUCGUGCUCAACAAGCCCGGCGAUGUCUCCUUCGAGGAGCGCCCCAAGCCCACCCUCGAGAGCCCCCACGAUGUCCUCGUCGCCGUCAACUACACCGGCAUCUGCGGUUCCGACGUGCACUACUGGGUCCACGGCUCCAUUGGCAAGUUCGUCGUCGAGGACCCCAUGGUUCUGGGCCACGAGUCGGCCGGUACCAUCGUAGAGGUUGGUUCCAAGGUCAAGACCCUCAAGGUCGGCGAUCGCGUCGCCCUCGAGCCCGGCUACCCUUGCCGUCGAUGCCAGAACUGCCUCGCUGGAAAGUACAACCUCUGCCCGGACAUGGUCUUCGCCGCUACACCUCCCUACCACGGCACCCUGACCGGCUACUGGUCCGCCCCGGCCGACUUCUGCUUCAAGCUCCCCGACAACGUCUCCCAGCAGGAGGGUGCUCUGAUUGAGCCUCUCGCCGUCGCCGUGCACAUCGUCAAGCAGGCCCGCGUCAAGCCCAGCGACUCGGUCGUUGUCAUGGGCGCCGGCCCUGUCGGUCUCCUCUGCGCCGCCGUCGCAAAGGCCUACGGAGCUUCAAAGAUCGUCAGCGUCGACAUUGUCCAGAGCAAGCUCGACUUUGCCAAGGACUUUGCCUCCACACACACCUACGCUUCUCAGCGCAUUGCGCCCGAGGAGAACGCCAAGAACAUCCUCGAGCUCGCUGGUCUCCCCGACGGCGCCGACGUUGUCAUCGACGCCAGCGGUGCUGAGCCCUCCAUCCAGGCCUCCAUCCACGUCCUCAAGAACGGCGGUAGCUACGUGCAGGGCGGCAUGGGCAAGUCCGACAUUACCUUCCCCAUCAUGGCUUUCUGCAUCAAGGAGGCCACAGCCAGCGGUUCAUUCCGAUACGGCGCAGGCGACUACCCUCUCGCCGUUGAGCUUGUUGCCAGCGGCAAGGUCGACGUCAAGAAGCUCAUCACCGGAGUUGUUGACUUCAAGCAAGCUGAGGAGGCUUUCCAGAAGGUCAAGGAGGGAACAGCGAUCAAGGUGCUUAUCAAGGGCCCAAACGAGCAGUAA